CCUACUCCAAUCUACCAAAACCCUCCUGUGAGGCCGGCAAUGCCUUACCGGUCGGAGCCAUUGUACGACAGCAAUGACCCUGCCUUUGUUACCCUGGACUUUGCAGCCGCCCAGGAUCAGAAGGACCCCCUCAAGCACCUCCGCGACGAGUUUGUGAUUCCGACAAAGGCGGACCUGAAGAACGAACGAUACGGACCUGCUACCUCCAACCCUACCUCCGGCGAUGAUUCAACGAGCUCGGAGACAUGUGUGUACAUGUGCGGGAACUCGCUAGGUUUACAGCCCCGCCGAACCUCCGAAUAUGUGAAGAAGUACCUGGAUACGUGGGCGUCAAAAGGGGUAUAUGGCCACUUUAAAGAGCUGAAAGAGGGCCUGCCGCCAUGGCUGCAUAUCGACGAUGCUAUCAAGGAGCAGACGGCCAAGAUGGUGGGGGCUUUGCCGGGUGAAGUCGUGGUUAUGGAGACGUUGACUGCGAACCUGCAUCUCCUUAUGGCCAGCUUCUACAAGCCGACCAAGGAUAGAUACAAGAUCAUAAUCGAAGGGAAAGCAUUUCCUAGCGACCACUACGCAGCCUUGUCCCAACUCGCCCACCACAACAUAGACAUCUCAGCACUCGUGCUGAUAUCCCCAACAUGUACCGACAGUCCCUACCUCUCUACCGAACACAUUCUGUCAGUGAUAUCCCAGCACGGAGCUUCCACCGCGCUCCUCCUUCUCCCUGGCAUCCAAUUCUACAGCGGCCAGUUCUUCGACAUCGCCCUCAUAACCCGCCACGCACAAUCGCUAGGCAUAACAGUUGGCUGGGACCUCGCCCAUGCCGUCGGCAACGUCCCCCUGCACCUACACGACUGGAAUGCCGACUUCGCCGCCUGGUGCAACUACAAGUACAUGAACGGCGGCCCCGGCGUCAUCGGCGGCCUCUUCGUGCACGAGCGGAACGGCCGCGUCGAUAAAGUCUCUUUGCCCAACUGUAGUAGCACCGCCGAAGACCCAACCAAGAGCGAGGACCAGCUCACCUUCCGCCCCCGUCUCAGCGGCUGGUGGGGCAGUGACAAGUCCGCCCGCUUCCGCAUGGACAACAAGUUCGUCCCCAUCCCCGGCGCGUCGGGCUUCCAGCUCUCGAACCCCUCCGCGCUCGACAUGACGGCCGUCACAGCGUCACUGGAUGUCUUCGCGAUGACAGAUAUGCAGGCACUGCGAGAAAAGAGCGUCAAGUUGACCGCGUACCUCGAAGCCCGCCUCCUGAAGUACGCAGACGGCACACCGCCAUACCGCAUCAUCACGCCCUCCCAGCCAGGCGAGCGAGGCGCGCAGUUGAGCGUCCUACUAGAGCCAGGGAUGCUAGAUCAAGUCAUGGAGAUCCUGGAAGAGGAGGGCGCGGUCGUCGACGAGCGGCGGCCGGACGUCAUACGCGUGGCGCCGGCGCCGCUGUACAACUCCUUCGUCGACGUGCACCGCUUCGUCGUCAUCUUCCAGGACGCAUGCCGCAAGGUCGUUGCUUCGCGGGCGUCGAAGAAGAUCCCAGAUACGGAGAGUGGGACGGCGGCGCAGGUGGAGAACGGGGUUAGCUGAAUAGUUCACGGCUUUCUUUGGUCUCAAUCUCGAAAAGGCAGGCAACACACCUACCUGGCCCUUAAUCACCUCCAACGCCCACAAGCACCCACUUCGAUCGGCUAUAGGGUGGAAGAGCAGGAGCACAUUCCUACAUAUCAAUCUCGCUAUGAGGUCGCAACUCACCCCCGUCGGUGCACCUAGCGUCUCUUAUUCCUAGAGAAAGUUCCAUUGGCUCAAUCUCCUUCCUUGGUCCUGGAAUAGGGGUUAUGACUCCAUAGAUAGGACACACGUAAUACUCAAGCCCGUCACUAUCACCACUGCCCU